UUUCAAUCCGCCCGAACAGAUCAACUGACGCCGAGUCAACGGCGAUAGAGUUUCAGUCAACUGUUGAGUCAGUCAAGCGUUGAGUCAGUCGAGCGGAUUACUUGAAGAAAUUUGUUGUUGAUGACAAAAAUGCUUCAAGUGCCAGAGGUCAGCCGGAAAGUUACAGUUUUGGCGGUUAUUGUGUGCCUGACAUGGUCGACCUUCACCUUCCAGAAUGUUCAAGCUCUAGGGCAGUUUGUGAACCCCGUGUGUAUCACAUCAUGCGAUGGCCGUACAGACGGCCAAUACUUGAGCUGUAGCCGAUGUGACUACUACAUCAUGUGUUCCUCGGGCUACCUGUCUGCCAUGCCGUGUCCGGCUACCACAACAUACGAUGGCUACCUGGGCGUGUGCGUCUCUAGAACUAUUCAAGGCUGCAGUCCAACUGGUCAACGUUUAAGUCCAUUAGAGCCUGGCCAAUCGCUACAGCCCACUGCAGGCUCGCCAUCUUUAAAUGAAUACCCGAACCAGCCAUAUCCGGGGCCAACCGGAAGUGGGCAGUACCCACCCACUGGCCCGACCUAUCCUAUUUAUAGACCUCCCUAUUACUUCCCUUCAACCUCGAAAUAUUUUGACCCUCGAUUUUAUUAUCCAAUUAGCUAUCCUCCAUAUUACAACCCGUCAACCCAACCUAGUAACCCUCCAACAUACCCACCUAGCAACCCUCCAACAUACCCACCUACCAACCCUCCAACAUACCCACCUACCAACCCUCCAACAUAUCCCACAUACCCACCUAGCAACCCUCCAACAUACCCACCUAGCAACCCUCCAACAUACCCACCUAGCAACCCUCCAACAUAUCCAACAUACCCACCUAGCAACCCUCCAACAUACCCACCUAGCAACCCUCCAACAUACCCACCUAGCAACCCUCCAACAUACCCAUCUAGCAACCCUCCA